AUGAAGGAGGGAGAUCCGAUCAUCGUGGUGGGCGCAGGCAUUUUCGGUCUCAGUACCGCGCUGCAUCUUGCCCGCCGCGGCUACAGCGUGACUGUCUUUGACCGACAUCCCUAUGACGAGUCACAAUACUCUUAUUUGCAGGGAGCAGACGCGGCGUCUGCCGACAUAAACAAAAUAAUUCGCUCUGCCUAUGGGGGGCAGACCGAAUACCAAUCUCUAUCCAUUGAGGCGAUUACUGCCUGGCAUGAGUGGAACGAAGAAAUCGCUAGCGGCAAGACAGUUCCUCAGGGGAUGACUAGAAAGGACCGCGUUUUCAUUGCGAAUGGAAAUAUCUCCAUGUCCACGGAUGCAGAGCUACCCCCCUGGGAGAAGGCCUGUAUUGAUGAGAUGGAGAAGGCGGGGCAUCAUAACACGCAGCUAGCGACCACAAAUCCACGCCAUUGUGAGAUUGCCACAAGCCGUGGGCUAUCAUCUUAUAUGGACCCAUUUCAGCAAAGGCGUCGUGGACAGAGGCACGUGGGUGUAUUAGACACAACAGGGGGGAUGGCCAUUGCGGAUAAGGCCUGUCGCUUUGCCCUCCACAAGGCGCGUGAAGCUGGUGCGAAAUUCGUCUUCGGACCCAAAGCUGGAGGCCUGCAAUCCUUACGCUACAACGGUAACAGGGUUAUUGGAAUUGAAACUCGGGAUGGAAAGUUACAUCAAGCUGCAAUGACCAUUCUGGCCUGCGGUGCUUGGACUCCAGUACUGUUACCGGAACUGGACGGCCUCUGCGAAGCCACAGCUGGUAGUGUGAUUCUCAUCAAAAUCCCUACCAGUUCGCCAUUAUGGGACCGUCUGGGACCGGAGCAGUUUCCAACGUUUACGUUCAACAUGCGUGCUGGAAGCAAAGGAGGUCUGUACGGAUUUCCUCGCACUGAAAACGGUUACUUCAAAAUUGGGUAUCGCGGCACCAAGUACACCAACCCUUUACAACACAGUGAUGGCAAAGAGCGCAGCACACCCGCCACACGAUGGUCUGUCGCAGAGCGCGAUGGGACCCAGCCGGUCGGUGAGCGACUUACGGAUUUCCCGCGACAAGCGUAUCAGGUCAUACAAACAUUUUUGGAUAAGUAUCUGCCGGAACUGCGUGAGGAGAAUAUUUCCAUCUUGACCACGCGAAUCUGCUGGUAUACUGAUACAUUUGAUAACCAUUUCGUGGUCGAUCGAGUGCCCAGAAAGCAGGGCUUGAUGGUUGCUACAGGAGGCAGUGGUCAUGCAUUCAAGUAUCUUCCCAACAUUGGCAAUUGGGUGGUAGAUAUUAUGGAAAAUGUCAAUACAGACCGCAAGGCUAUUCAAGCCUGGCGAUGGAGAGACUUGGGAAGUACGCCACCAAUCAAUGAUCUCAUGGAGGGCUCGCAAGGAGAACGCGCCUGGAGGAACAUUGCAUUGUCUAAGGAAUCAGCAAUGAAACCGACGGCAAAGGCAGCACUAUGA